AUGGAGUUGAAUCUCCCAUGCCUAAACACUGCCAUAGCUGGAAUCUUAGCCAUACUUCUGUUUUCCUACUUUAUCAUAAAGAGAUCAUGCUCUGGUGCCAAAGCCAAGGGUCCCAAACCACCAAAAGUGGGAGGUGGGUGGCCUCUGUUAGGUCAUCUCUACCUAUUCGGAGGAUCUCAGCUGCCUCACAUAACUUUGGCUUCCUUGGUUGACAAAUAUGGACCAAUCUUCACCGUCAACGUUGGCAUCCACUCUGCUCUGGUGAUAAGUACUUGGGAGGCGGCCAAAGAUUGCUUCACCACAAACGAUAAAGUGGUUUCCUCCCGUCCUGCUACGCUAGGGGGUAAGUACUUGAGCUACAACUUUGCCAUGUUUGGGUUUAGCCCCUAUGGUCCAUACUGGCGUGAAAUGCGCAAACUGACAUCCCUCGAGCUACUCUCAAACCGCAGGCUCGAGCAUCUGAAGUAG